AACAGAGAGGAGAGGGCGUGUCAACACAUCCAUCAGCCUCAUUCCUCAUUCUCAUCCUCAACCCUCUCACUUCUCUCUCCUCUCUCUCUCUCAUCGUCUCUGUGUACUUUGGGUUUUGUCUCUCUUCCUCUGUUUUGUUGGCCAGUGUGUUCGAAUUCCAAAUUUUCCAUCUUUCAGUUUUAAUUUUUUAAACAGAUAAAGCUCACAUCAGGAAAACCAUGACCGGCAGAGAAAUUCUCCAUAAGAUGAAGGAGAAAGUUUUAGGUCCAUCAGACCCCGACUCUGGAAAAGGAAAGAGCAAGAUGUCGCAUCACAUAACACAUGGCUUCCACUUGGUUAAGGGAAAAUCCCAUCAUCCUAUGGAAGACUAUGUUGUUGCGCAAUUUAAACACAUCGAUGACCAUGAGCUUGGACUAUUUGCAAUAUUUGAUGGUCAUUUGAGCCAUGAAAUUCCUGAGUACUUGCAGUCUAAUCUCUUUAAGAAUAUCUUAGAAGAGCCUGAUUUCUGGACAGAACCCAAGAAGGCAGUCGAAAGAGCAUAUUGUGUAACAGAUGCUAACAUUCUGGAGAAAGCAGUUGAUUUAGGCAAAGGGGGUUCAACAGCAGUUACGGCCAUUUUAAUUGACUGCCAGAAGCUGGUGGUUGCCAAUGUUGGGGAUUCUCGAGCUAUUAUCUGCAAGAAUGGUGUUGCUAAACAAUUAUCUGUUGAUCACGAACCUAGCACAGAAAGAGAAGAUAUCGAGAACAGAGGUGGUUUUGUAUCAAACUUUCCAGGGGACGUUCCACGGGUUGAUGGGCAGUUGGCGGUAGCAAGAGCAUUUGGCGACAAGAGCUUGAAGAAACAUCUCAGUUCUGAACCUUAUGUGAUAAUGGAUUUAAUAGAUGAUACCACAGAGUUCGUUGUCUUGGCAAGCGAUGGACUAUGGAAGGUGAUGACGAACCAAGAAGUUGUGGAUUGUAUCAUACAAAUAAAGGAUGCGCGGGCAGCAGCAAAGCACCUUACUGAAGAGGCCGUCAAUAGGAAGAGUUCUGAUGAUAUUUCCUGUAUAGUUGUAAGAUUCCGGUGAACGCGUAAUUUCUGUGUCAUAUAAUUUACGUUUUUCUUAAUCAUGUAUUAGGUAUGUUGUAUUCAUAAACAGGCAUUCAAGUUUCUUGUACCCUUUUCAUGUUGAUACUCUUUCAACAUUGUAGUUGAGAGGAUUUCAUAUAAAAAGCUAGAACGAGGGUCUUGGAGUCGACACCUCCUGAAUGACUGUAUGCAGAAACAUAAUCUUUUACAAAUCUUCAAUCAAAAUACAACUUUUUCA